UCUGCUUGUGAACAUACAAACUUAUCACAACAAACCUCAUAAUGCUAUCAUAAAAAGUGUAAACAUUCGCCCACCGGCAGAUUAAAAAUCGAUAUCAAUCAGAACUGUUCCGGUGGUAAAUAAUAAUGCCAAUUUAGUUUGAUCCAAAAUAAGAAAGCUCACUACUUAUACUAGUCAUGAACUUGAAGUACUUCAUCACACAAAUUCUAUUUUUGCUUAUAUUACUCGGACAUGUCUCUGCAAAGGAUGUCAAGUUUUGCAAAUCCAGGGAUUUCUUCUUGCACAUUUACAGCUGCUCUCCCGUUCAGUCUGAUUCCACUGAACCGAUCCCUCGUACAUAUCUGCUGUACGACAUAAAUCCAUCGGAAGGAUUUAAUCUGCGGCGAGAUGUUUACAUCCGAAUGGCCGUCUUUUUACGAACUUUGCAAAGGCAUCGUGAAUAUGCAAACACCAAACUGGUGCUGCCUCCGUGGUCGGCGCUGUACCACUGGCGUUCACCGUCCAAUCAAAUGCACAUUCCAUGGGCUCACUUUUUCGAUCUGAACUCUAUGCUCCGGUAUGCCGAUGUGAUAGAAAUGCAUCAGUUUUUUGAAGAGUAUCGGUGGAUUACGGGAGGAGAUGUUUCGGUUGUUCGGAUAGACGAGUUUUACCGGUUACAACACUUUGAGGACAUGUUUGAAAACGGAGUUUUUGUAGACAAGUUCGAACAGACUGCGUGCCAAAAAAACUCGAUUCCCUCGGUUGGUGGUAUUUCAGGGAUUCUGGGCUAUCGAAACAUAACGAUUAACGAAUUGAUAUGUAUGAGAUUUCAGGGUGCGGCAUCGAUACUGUACUCUAUGUUUGAGAAGUUCAAAUCAAAAACGUCCGGUAAGCAACGGGUUAUCAUGCUGUACAAUGCCGAAACUAUUUUGCACGAUCACUGGGGCAAUGUGGACUACUGGGAAGCUCGUCGGUCCAUGCGUUUUAGUGAGCAACUGACUCGAAUAGCAGACAAGUUUAGGGUAGAUUUUUUCAAUUCUUCCAAUGAAUGGGAUCGAGUGCAGCGUCCGGCAUAUUGGACUGAAGAGGUACCAUAUCGUAAGGCCCGAGGAGGAGACUAUCUUUGUGCUCAUCUACGCCGAGCAGACUUCCUGCAUGGUCGACAGAAAACUACACCUUCGCUACGUGCUGCUGCUAGUCAAAUCAAACAGCGGUUGCUGGAACUGGGUCUACGCAAAGUGUUCAUUUCUUCCGACUGCGAUCGGACCGAAUUCCACGAGCUCAAAAAUCACCUCAAACGGUUUAAAGUGGUUCGUUACACACCAGAAAGCAAACAGGAAGCCGAACGGCUCAAAGACGGCGGUAUAGCUAUCAUCGAUCAGAUUAUUUGCUCUCAUGCCCGGUACUUCGUCGGGACUUACGAAUCCACCUUCACAUAUCGUAUUUACGAAGAACGCGAGAUCCUGGGAUUUGCCAAGGACCUGACCUUCAAUACGUUCUGCAAGGACGAAGAACUGGGCGGCUCCGAAAAGAACUCCGUUUGGCCUAUUCAGUAUGACUGAAUUAGGCGCGUAGAUGACCCUCGAUGAAACCUCGAAAAUUCCUUUUAGACUGAAACAUAAUUCUGGAUCCAAUGGUCACCGUACUGAAUGGAUACUGGCGAAAACAUUUAACCUUACUACAAAAGCUUUUUGAAAUCAUUUCCUAGGGUUCUGAUUGUUAUAUUAUCUAUCGAAUAGUGCAUGAAAGUUGUGAUUAUCCAAAUCAUAAAUAAACACAAGGUCAUAUACAGCCAAAGAUACA